AUGGCUGACCCCACCAGGAAGAGAAAGAUCGCCGAGGAGAACCGCGGAUUCAAGGAGUGCUGGACCAACGAAUUUUUCUUCGUGGAAGACAGAGGCAACAUUAUCUGCUUGAUCUGCAAUGAGAAGGUGUCCUGGCCCAAAAGAGACUGUAUCAAGAGGCACUACGAAGCCAAGCACGGCAAGGACUACAAUGGUCUGGCGGGACCGCAGCGCGAGGACAAGGCCAAGGAGCUGAUGAACAAGUUCGGCCGCCAACAGAACCUUUUCGUCAGGCAGGGCAACACCAGCAAGGCUGCCACGGAGGCCAGCUUCAAGGUGGCCGCGAUCAUUGCGAGGCGCAUGAAGCCCUUCUCAGAUGGAGAGUUUGUCAAGGAGUGCAUGCUGGCUGCCCUCGACGUCAUGUGCCCUGAGAAGGUCGCCGUCAUCAACAAGAUCAGUCUGAGCAAUGACACAGUGACAAGAAGGAUCGACAGUUUGUCCAAGAACCUGACCGAGCAGCUCCACUCCCUGGCAACAAAGUUCUCUUACUUCGCCUUGGCCCUCGACGAGUCCACGGACGUCAAGGACACGGCCCAGCUGGCCAUCUUCGUGCGCGGCAUCGACACCAACUUCAACGUGACGGAGGAGCUGCUGACUGUCCGCUCCAUGAAGAGCACCACCACGGGCGAAGACAUCUUCAACGAGCUGAAAGCUGCCAUGAACGAUGCCAAACUGGACUUCAAUCGUCUCAUCGGCAUUGCCACGGACGGCGCACCGUCCAUGUUGGGCACGGGUCGCGGUCUCCAGGGCCAUGUGAUGGCGGAGUUGAACCGCCAGGGUCUGUCGCACGAGCACUUGGUGUGGUGCCACUGCAUCAUCCACCAGGAGGCCCUCUGCGCCAAGAUCUUCGAUGUCAGCUUCAAGGAAGUGAUGAGUAAGGUUGUCGGCCAUGUCAAUCACAUCCGCUCCCAUGCCAUGAACCACAGGCAGUUCAGGCAGUUCUUGCUGGAGUUGGAUGCCAGCUACGGCGAUGUCAUCUACUUUUCCGGUGUGCGCUGGCUGAGCAAGGGACAAACGCUGCAGCGCUUCUGGGUCCUCAGGGAGGAGCUGUCCAUGUUCUUCGCCAUGAAGGGCAUCCCGGCACUCGAGCUGGAUGACCAAAAGUGGCUUUGUGACCUCGCCUUCCUCGUUGACAUCACCGAGAAGCUGAACACCCUCAACGUGGCUAUGCAAGGCCGCAACAAGCUGGUCCACGAGCUGUUUGCCCACAUCAAGGCCUUCCAGACCAAGCUGCAGCUGUGGCAAGUUCAGCUCGAAAGAGGAAAUCUGGCCCACUUCCCCUCCCUCAAGAGCCAGAAGGAGCACGAUGGCGGCGAGUUCAGUAGCUUGCGCUACGCGGCCGAGAUUUGCAAACUGCAGAAGGAGUUUGACACGAGGUUCAAGGAGUUCCGCGCGAGGAACACCGACUUCGAGCUCUUCAGUGUGCCGUUCAACUUCGACGUGUCUCAGGCGCCGAUUGAGCUGCAGUUGGAGUUGUGCGACCUGCAGGCCAGCCUCGAGCUCAAGGGACAGUUUCUUGGCAAGGAACUGGUCGACUUCUACAAGAGCCUGCCCCGCGCCACCUUCCCCAACCUGACCCAGAAUGCUCAGAAAGCAGUUCUUCUCAAAGAUGAAGAAUACCAAGUCAAACAAGCGCACUGCUCUCACGGACGCCCACUUGCUGGCUUCUCUCAGGAUCGCGUCGACGCAUCUGCAGCCGAACUUCAAGGCCAUCAUGAAUGA